AUGACCGCUCGGUUGGGAAAAACAGCCGAAGAAAUCAGAAAGUUAGAUUAUUGCCGCGAAGGCUUGAGAAGAAUGAGAAGAGGAGAGACCAAGAAAUAUAAAAGAAGAAAAGAAAAAGAAGAAGGUGAAGAAGAAGAAGAAGCAAAGAAGAAGAAGAAGAAGGAAAAGAAGACCACGAUGAUACAAACGACAACGGCAAGCAGCUCGAGCACGAGCACGUGCUGCAUCGUAGACGCGGCGAUGGAGCGAGCGAAUUCCUCAAAAGCGCUCGUCGCGAAGGUAGUCGCGAAAGAAGAGGAGAAGAGCAAGAUACGAGGAGAAGAAGAAGAAGAAGAAACAGAUACCCCGAUCGUGGUAGACGAGGCAAGGGAAAACGCCGCGAUGGCGUUGAUAUUGAUAGCGAUGAGAGGAUGA